AUCAAUCUGCAACGUUAUCUUAAAACUUUGUGUUGAUUGUCAUGUUAUUUUUUUGUACUAAAAGCUUUUUAGUUGUUUAUUAUUUUAGUGCGAAGAGCAUGUAUCAAAGCACCCGGAUAUUUACUCCUCUAUGAAAGUCACAAUCAAACAGGAUGACUUUAGAAAUGCAUGGAGUCGUGAGGUGUGGCCAACUGGGGCCAUAAUCACCAGGUUUUUUGUAAAGAAAAGGGUGCUACCAACUCAGGCGGAUCCUUAGAUCAGACGAAACAUCAGGCUACCACUCUACAUUUACAAGUCUACUAUCAAAAUCUGAAGAAUAUGAUAUAGUCACUUUAACCGAAACCUGGCUCACAGAUGGUUUCCAUGAUGCAGAGCUGUUAGACAACAGAUAUAGUAUAAUGAGAAGCGACAGGAAAGAUGGUCGAAGGGGAGGUGGGAUUCUUGUAGGAGCUAAGAAAAACUUGGACAUGAAGCUCGUCCCCAUUAAUAUCCCUGAGGAUUCUAGUCUUGAGUGCUUACUGGUUUUAUUAAAAAGAAAUAUUUUUAUUUAUAUGCAGUCUAUAUUCCACCAAAUGCAAAUGUUGAUAUAUAUGUGCAAUUUUUUAACCUCUUUGAAUGUAUCUUAGAUAAGGAUGUAAAUAUAAUUAUCUUAGGAGAUUUUAACCUACCAUUCUACCAACCAACUACUAACCUACCAACUACCAUUCUAUGUAACAGAAGGCUGUGAGAAAAGUAAGUUGAUAAAUAACUUUUUAAAUUUUUAUAAUUUAGACCAGCAUAAUAAUGUCUUUAACAAAAUGAAAAGAAAACUGGAUCUUGUACUAUCUAAUAUGCAAAUAACUAGUUUAGAACACUGUGGUAAUCCAAUUCUUGAUGAAGAUCAGUACCAUCCUGCUUUAAGUAUGGUUUUACCGAUAUCUUUGAAUCACAUAAAAAAUCAUCAUUACAUUAACUAUGAAUAUAUUUAUGACUAUUCAAUGGGCGACUUUUAUAGGUUGUAUACAUUAUUGAGGGAAGUUAAUUGGGCAGAACUUGAAAGGGCUGACAAUGUUGACAUGUGCACUCAUGUGUUCUAUCAAAAGGUUUAUGAAUGCUUAGACCUGGCAAUACCCAGAAAGAAAGUUAAAAUAGGCACUCGAAAACUCAAAAGUUUUCCAAAAUACUUCUCUCAAGAACUAAAGAAAAAUAUUAAGUUAAAGACACAUCUGCAUAAACAAAUUAAAAAAGGCACUGCCAAUUUUCAAAUUAGGAAUGAAUAUAGCAAAAUUAGAAGUACAGUGAAAUAUCAAACUGCACAUGAGCUUCGAACUUAUCAUGAGAAUAUCGAGAGAAAUGUCAAAACUAACCCAAAUAGCUUUUGGGAUUUUGUCAGGUCUGGGCGUUUAAUACCUGGUGUUCCGGCUGAGGUAUGCUAUGGGGAGUGUACUGUUAGCGGUGCUCAGGAAAUAGCUGACACAUUUGCAUUAUAUUUUAGCUCAGUAUUUCAACAGUCUGAAAAACCUAACUUUGAUAAAUCUAGUGGCAACUUUUCAUUCUCCAAGAUCUCUGAAAUGCAAAUUCAAGCAACCAUUAAGAGAUUAAAAUCAAAAAAGGCCACCGGCAAUGAUAGUAUCCCCUCAUACAUUUAUAAAGGUUGUUCUGAUAUCUUGUGCACUCCAUUAAAAACCAUUUUUAAUUUGUGUCUAAAAACAAACACAUUUCCAGAAGUGCUUAAAUAUGCUUUGGUUACUCCAAUCCUCAAAUCAGGAGAUAAUUCUUUGGUUGACAACUACAGACCAAUUAGCGUUCUUACUUCUCUAGCAAAAAUGUUUGAAAACAUUUUAUACCAAGAUAUUUUGAGCUCUUUCAUGAAUAAAUUCUCAAUAGUUGGUCAAAUCUGGUAGAAAACAACAUGGAUUUCUACCAGAUGCCUCAACUGUCACCAACCUCAGCACUUUGACUGAGGCAGCUGCCAAUGCAGUAGAUAGCCAAGAGCAGCUAGAUGUUGUCUUGACAGAUUGUGCAAAGGCUUUUGAUCGGGUUGACCAGGGGCUGUUGCUGAAUAAGUUGGGCAAAUUUGGUUUCUCGCUGAAGGCAUGUAGGUUUAUGGUAUCUUAUCUUACCGGAAGGCCUCAGCAAGUUAAAGUUGGUAAAAAAUUGUCAAAAAUAUAUAUAGUAACAUCUGGGGUGCCUCAGGGCAGUAGCCUUGGGCCUCUCUUAUUCCUAAUUUUUCUGAACGAUUUGCCAAACUGUAUAAAGCAUGCUAAAUGUCUCGUGUUUGCUGAUGAUUUUAAAUUAUUUAUGCACAUAACAUCUCUUAUUGAUUGUCUUGAGCUGCAAAUUGAUUUGAACUUGGUGGCCCAGUGGUUCAGAGAAAAUAAAAUGUCAUUAAACAUAGAUAAAUGUCAAAUUCUAACCUUCACAAGAAAAAUGCAAUUUAUAAAUUUUGAUUACAAAAUUGAUAACUUAUCGUUAACUAGGAAAAGUAAAUUUAGGGAUCUUGGAGUCUGUUUUCAAACAAAUUUCAAAUUUAAGCAACACUAUGAAACUAUUGUAAACAAAGCAUAUAAGCUUACAUAUAUACAAAACAUUUUAAAGAAAUAAAAUCAAUAAUAAUUCUGUACAACUCAUUGGUCAGACCGAUCUUGGAGUAUGCCUCAGUUAUCUGGGCACCUAAAGCAAUGGUGCAUAUUAAUAUGAUUGAAAGGGUCCAAAAAAGAUUUUUAAGAUACCUGUACUUAAGAGCACAUAGUGCAUAUCCUUAUAUGAUCUCCUAUAAUAGUAUGCUAAUUGAAUUUAAAAUGGUACGAUUGAGUGUUAGGCGUAAUAUGAAUGAUGUCUUAUUUAUUUACUACAUAACUAACAACUUAAAAUAUAGGAACUGUUCUUUAAUUAAUCAUCUAUCAUUUGCUGUUCCUAAAGUCAAUUUGAGAAUAAGAAAUAACAAUCUUUUCCAGUGUUCACCCUCAAGUUGUUCGCCAUUUAAUAGAAUGAUGCAAGAAUGUAAUAAUUAUAUACAAAAAUAUGAUAUAGAUCUCUUUAAUAUUAGAAUUCGCCAAAUUAAGACUGAUUUUGUAUCCUUGUCUGAUUGAUCAUUUACUUGUUAAUCUGUUCUUUUUGUUUUUGUUUUUAAUUGUAAGUAGGUGUAUUUUAUUGGAUGUUAUUAGUUUUAGUAUAGGUUUAGUUUCAUCAUUAUUAUUAGUUUCCCUUUUUCUUUCUGUAAGCCAGUAAGCACUCCCACAUAUAAUUACAUUUCAAAUGU